AUUAAACGAGCUGCAUUACAUCUGUAAUAUAUCCUCCAACCAAUAUGACGGAGAACGUGUGAAUUGGGUAGAGUUGGUGAUGUGAAAUUCUUUCUUGAUUGUAAAUAUUACCAAAUUCUCAUCAAUGCUACAGAAAAAAGAAAAGGAAAUGAUGAUAAUUUCAUAGAAAAAUCUAAUUAUUAUUAUUAUCAUCAUUCUAGUGUCAAAUAUUUUGUGAAUGUAAAUUUGUAAGAAGAAGAACAAUAAUGUUUAUUGUGGGAGAAGAAAUGCAAAUAAUUAAUUUGUAAUAUUUAUUGAAGAAACUUUGUUUAAUAUAUUAAACAUGUGCACGGGUAAAUUCUGCAAGAGAUAAAACAACUACAAGAAAAACAUACAGCUGGCUACGACUACUACUACUACUACUACUACCAACAUCAUCAUCAUCAUAAAGUACAACAAUUAUGAUAAGGAUAAUAUAAAAACAACAUAAAUUUCUCUAUGAAGAUGGAGAGUGGAGAUGAGGUGGGAAACUGUUCUGUAGCUAGGUCGGCUGAAGUUGAAACUAGAAGUGCAUUGAGUUUGUUAUCAUCAUCAUCAUCCUCGCUGUUAUUAUGAUGGCCUGUGUGGAGGAAGUCAACUAAAGAGACCCGAGCAAAAACAUUAUCAAGCGAAAAGCAGAAGAGUCGCCCUUCGUGUGAUGAGACAAAGAUGACCACCACCAGUAGCAGUAAUUCAGUAAAUGAUGACAGUCGAAGUUGUUGUAGCAGUAAAGUGUAUGAGGAUGAGAAAGAAGAAACUCCAGAUUCCGACCGAAGACUUCCACUCGCUUUUAAUCUAAGUCGCCAUACGGAGAAGAUUUUAGCUCCAGAAGUGUUGACACAGACAUGGAGGAUGAAAGAAAGGAUGAAAACUGUCAGUGUUGCCUUGGUAUUAUGUUUGAACGUUGGAGUGGACCCUCCUGAUGUUGUGAAAACCUCUCCUUGUGCUCGUUUAGAAUGUUGGGUCGAUCCUCUUUCCAUGAGUCCUCCAAAAGCUUUAGAGACUAUUGGAAAUCGUCUCCACCAACAGUAUGAUAGAUGGCAGCCACGGGCCCGUUACAAACAAUCCCUGGAUCCAACUGGUGAUGAAGUCAAGAAACUUUGUACAACUAUGAGGAGAAAUGCUAAAGAUGAGCGAGUCCUGUUCCAUUAUAAUGGUCAUGGAGUACCAAAACCAACAUCAAAUGGAGAAAUUUGGGUUUUUAAUAAAACAUACACGCAGUAUAUUCCUUUGUCUAUAUAUGAUCUUCAGAGCUGGAUGGGAAGUCCAUCUAUUUAUGUUUAUGACUGUUCUAAUGCUGGAGUAAUUGUGGAAUCUUUUAAACAGUUCUCUGCUCAGAGAGAACAAGAAAGAGAGGCAAUGAUGAGUACUCAUAAUUCCUCAGUGACUGGAGAGAUUAGCAGUGGUUCUUCAGUGUCAUCAACUACUAAUCCAACGGCAGCUUCCACCCCAGUGUCUAUGAGUAACUGUAUCCAGUUAGCCGCUUGUAGUAAAGAUGAGCUGUUACCUAUGAACCCUGAACUUCCAGCAGAUGUGUUUACCUCGUGCCUCACCACCCCAAUCAAAAUGGCGCUCACAUGGUAUGUUUCACAGGAUUCUGGUAAGCUUGUUUCUGGCGCCACUCAAGAACUUGUUGACAAAAUACCUGGGCAGUUGAAUGAUAGACGGACAAUGCUUGGUGAAUUAAACUGGAUUUUCACAGCAAUUACAGAUACUAUUGCUUGGAACACACUUCCAAGAGAAUUAUUUCAAAAAUUGUUCAGGCAAGAUUUAUUGGUUGCCAGUCUUUUUCGCAACUUUCUGCUGGCAGAAAGAAUUAUGCGAUCUUACAACUGUACUCCAGUUUCAAGCCCACCUUUGCCCCCCACAUAUCAGCAUCGGAUGUGGGCUGCCUGGGAUUUUGCUCUUGAUAUGUGCUUACGUCAGCUGUCUAAGAUUGUUGAUAGUGAUGGUACGCAAUUUGACCACAGUACUUUCUUUGCACAGCAGUUAACAGCAUUCCAAGUUUGGCUAACAUAUGGUUCUGAGACACGGAAUCCACCUGAACAGCUACCAAUCGUAUUACAGGUUUUGUUGAGUCAAGUCCACAGGGUGAGAGCACUGGAACUCUUGGGCCGGUUCCUGGAUUUGGGUCCCUGGGCAGUCAGUCUGGCAUUAUCGGUUGGAAUCUUUCCUUAUGUGCUGAAGUUGUUACAGAGUUCUGCUCGUGACCUUCGACCUUUGCUCGUAUUUAUAUGGUCGAAAAUUUUGGCUGUUGACAGUUCUUGUCAGACAGAGUUGGUCAAAGACAAUGGUCAUAACUAUUUCCUCUCGGUGUUGAGUGACCAGUGUAUGUCAUCAGAGCAUCGGACAAUGGCUGCAUUUAUUUUAGCAACAAUUGUUAAUAAUUAUCCCCAAGGACAGAAAGCAACGUUCCAAGGUAAUGUGAUUUCCAUCUGUCUUGAACAGCUUCAUGAUUCUAACCCACAUUUCAGGCAGUGGUUAGCUCUGUGUCUUGGAAAGGUCUGGAUGAACUAUGAAUCAGCACGAUGGUGUGGAGUUCGAGACCUUGCACAUGAAAAAUUGAGCAACCUGCUCACUGAUUCUGUACCUGAGGUUCGUGCCGCUGCUGUGUACGCGCUGGGAACUUACAUCAGCUGCUGUUCGUCAGCACGUAGCGACCACGCCAGCAACAUAGACUUAGGUAUUGGGAUGAGUUUGACACACAUAAUACAUGAUGGAAGUUCUCUGGUGCGAAAGGAACUUGCCGUUGCUUUGGGUGGUCUAGUGCAACAAUUUGAGUCUCCAUUUGUUGCUGUGGCAUCUCAGAUGUUAGGAGAAGAACGACUGCGGGAGAAGAAUACCCCUAUGAUAGCCGCUGUGACACCUGGAGGGUGGAAUGUUGUCACACCAGUAUCUUCAGACGGCUAUCUGACACUACCUCUUGCUGGCAUGAAACGUAGUGCCUCCCGGGGUAACUUAAAAUCCGCAACUAGUCGACAUGGGCUGUCAAGCAGCAACAGUAUUUCAAAUUUGGAGGGAUUAAUCAUGCCAGACUCUGGUGGUGGGGCUACUGCGUCAGGCAGUGGCACUCUCUGUGUUGCUAACAGCGACCGCAUCAGACGUACAUCAUCCAGCUCCAACCUCUCCACAUGCACAUCUAUGGUGAACAAUGUCUAUGUUAGUGUUUGGCGCACGCUACUAUUGCUCUCUUCCGACCCUCAUCCCGAGGUUAUGGAAAUAGCAAAGAUUGUUAUAAAUGACAUCAAACAGAAGGCUACAGAGCCGUUGACUAAAAAUCACUUCUCUUCUAAUUCCUGCCAGUCCGCACCAUCAAGUCCACCCGGUCGUGGCUCCAACUUUGCUGCAAUGAGGAAUCAUUCAGCAGAUGUGCCGGAUUCAAAAUCUGAUAUGAAAGUUGACCAAAACAAUGAAAAGCGGCCUCGUAGCCAAAAUUCUGAAAGCUCAACGGAAGGUAGAAGGGAAAUAACAAGUCCAAAUAAGAAGAGCUCAUCAUCAUCUCAGACUAAAGACUCCGGACUCAACAAAGGUGCAAAUAUGGCAAAUGUCAUGACCAGUUCCCAGGAACUUCGGCGCCAACAGCAAGGAACAUUAUCUGCUGGCUCAACAACUCAUCGACGAGACAACUCUGGUGAGCGGAAUCGGCGCAGUCCAUCACACAGUGAUACGAACGGCACGGAAAGUGAUUCAGCCAAGUCAUCAAAGCGUGGCUCUCGUAAUCGCCCAGCAUCUCCUGCAAAUCAGCUAAUCCCUUAUUCAGCUCAGUUUCUACCAACACGGAAAAUGUUUGAUAAAGGGCCAGGACAUGUUGAUGAUAAAAAAGAUGAACCAGGGAAUAAGGAGUUUAAAGAACCAUUGGUCACAACCCAAUUCUUCAAGUGGAGCAGCAAGUAUUUUGCGCAACCAUUGAAACCUGGAGAUGAAGGUGACCCCGAAAGCAAGUUAUCAAUGGAACGGGAUUACCGUUUCCAACGCAAUGCUACAGUCAGGAAUGAAGCUAAAGUGGAACAGUUCAAAGCUGGCCACAAUCGGUUUGAUGAUCAAAUAUUCGUCAAUAAGAACUCAGGAAGUCCUGCUGUACUGCGUUUCCACCCUUAUGAGGCCCACCUAGCAGUUGCUGACAAGGACAAUAUCAGUAUAUGGGACUGGGAACAGGGUAUCCAGCUUAGCCAUGUGAACAGUUGCCAUCCAAAGAACUGUCGUAUAACUUCAAUGGAGUUCAUCAACCCACAUGACCAGGCUUUGUUAAUGUGUGGUUCAGACGAUGGUUCUAUACGAGUGUGGCGACACUACAGUGAGCAGGGCAAACAGGAAUUGGUUACUGCAUUUCAGGGUCUCUCAGAGAUGUUGCCUUUACAUCGAGGUUCAGGUUUAGUUGUGAGUUGGGACCAAAACACUGAGACAUUGUUUACCACAGGUGAUGCACGUAUCAUAAGAAUAUGGGACAUUCAUCGAGAAAUGAAAACACAGGAUUUACUCACUGGUGCUGACAGUUGUGUGACCAGCAUCACUUCUGAUCCUUCCAACAUGGCUGUGUUGGUAGCAGGUUGUGGUGAUGGUUCUGUACGUGUCUUUGACAGUAGGCUUUCACCAUCAGAAUCUUUGGUGAGAACAUUCCAGGAACACACCAGCUGGGUCAUGAAUGUGCACUAUCAACGAGGAUUGCUGAAUAAGAUUGUGAGCUCCAGUUCUGCUGGUGACAUACGAUUUUGGGACAUUCGACAUCCGGAAUCAGUUCGGAAGUUUCAGCUGCAACAAGGUUUGACUGCAAUUGAGUUACAUCAAUAUGCUGAUGUGAUUGCUAGUGGUUCCAACCAAGCAAUAGUGAUCUUCAACCAUGCUGGAGAACAGCGCAGUGUUAUAAAAAAUCACGAGGGCUUUCUCGGCCAGAGAAUCGGACCGGUCCGAUGUUUGACUUUCCACCCAUACAAGGUCAAACUUGCGGCGGGAUGCACUGACUCUUUGGUAUCUGUCUAUUCCACUGCACAGUGAAGUAGGUCAUCACUCUUCACCAUGUACUUUAGGAAUUCUGGAUGUGUAACUGCUUUAGAAGUGCAGAUUUCAUUGCUAAUUUUAGCAGCAAAGAUUUCAGGUUCAAUACAACCAAUGAUUCAAUGAGCCUUUCUGGAAGACAAGGUGCUAUUUGCAAACAGUAUUGUGUUAAGGGGCAGGGGAGGAAAAAAACCAAACCAGACCAAAAAAAAUAUAGAAAGACAUGACAGUAAAAAAAAAUGAAUGAGUAAAUACAAUAUUAAAUAUUUAAAAGAAAGAGUUUAUUUAAAAAAUGUAAAAGGUACAAAAAAGUUUAUUACAUUUGCUUUUUUUUUUCUUUAAAAAUGUGAUGUAAUCAAGAAAUUUUCAUAUUGGGAAAUGAAGGUGAAAUUUGAAGUAGCGAGUCGACUAGAGAAAACUGAAAGUGGAAGAAAUACACACACGCGCACACACACACAUUUCAAAAGCAUACAUGCAUGCACAGCAUUUACAUAUACACACAAUAUGUUUGUACAUUUUAAAAUAUAAACUCAAAAUUGUACUUCUCUGUUCUUUUUCUCUGAAGUGACUUCUGCUUUUCACCAAACCUUUCUACAUAAUGCUGUCUUUUAUAAUGUUUCUCUUUUAUUUUCCUUAGAGAUUUAACAAUUUCAUAGUAGCACACAUACAUACUAUAUAUAGUUUAUUAUACAUAAACUAGCUCCUCUCUCUAAAGACUUAACAAUAUACCUGUAUACACAACUCAUUAAAACACACAAACAUACUCACAGUCUACACCACCACCACCACCUCCUUAUUAAGGCAGAAGAUUAUAACCCUUUUAUUUGUUUUACCUUAUUUUAAUAUUGUUCAGGUUAUAUGACCAGACUUCAAUGGACUCUUCUUCUCUACAGUUUUUUUCCCCACCAAAAAUAUUUCCAUCUGAAUUUUGCUGCUGAAUUAGCAUUUCUUUUAGUCGUAUUUAUUUUUUUUUGUACUUUUUUAAGGCAUGUACUUGAUGGGGGAGGAUUCAGAGUAGAAUGAAAAAAUUAAAUUUUGUGAAAAUUUCAAAUAUUUUUUUAUUUUCUUAAAUUCAAGAAAAUGUUUUGGGUUUUAUGUCACGUUUGUAAAAGAAAAGUAAAAUCUUUGCUGUGUUUUUUAUUAUUAUUAUUAUUAUUAUUAUUAUUAUUAUUUUUGUUGAGUUUAAUCAAUUACAAAGUGGACAAGAUAUCAACCAUUUUUGGCUUGCAGAUCUCUUUACAGGUGUUACAUAUUGCCCCUCAGCAAGAUACUUGACUGUGCUUGUGUUAGGGCUUCAUGCUUGAAUAUGAAUUCAUUAUUAUUAUUAUUAUUUUUAUUAUUUGAGUUUUCUUUUAAACUUCUCAUUGUGUUGUAAAAUAGCUGACUUAUUAUUUUACGUUUGUAAUGUUUAAUUUGCAUCUAUGACUAUAAUUUAUUUCAUACAGUGUAAGAAGAGAGAGCAAUGGUAUUGAUAUUUCGUUUGGUCUUGUUUAGAAGCUUUGUAAAACAGUCAGACAAAGCUUACCUAAACUGACUGACUAACUAUUUUAGGCUGUGUAUAUAAACUACUGUCAGAAAUGGUGUGACAACAUUGCUGCUGUUGUUAAUCAAGCUGAUCACACACACACACUCACACACACACACACACACACACCACACACACACUCACACACACACACCAUGAUGGGUAGAUUGCAAUGUAACAUCACAACCACAAAUUAUUGACUUUUGAAUGAUGAAUUCAAGACACAAAGACUGUUUUGAUUUCUUUUUUUCUCCCUUUUUGUUAAUGAUGCUGAAAUCAUUGUGACUCCAUUUUCGUUUGUAUUGAAAGUUAUAAGGGGUCACAUGAUCACUUACCAGAAUCUAUGAUGGCAGAAAGACAUUGUAAAUAGAAAAUGAAAAAACCCGUUCAACUUUGGCAUACUAAUAUAAUUAAUCUUAUAAACUGAUUCUCUAUACACUAACUGAUUAAAAGCAUCUGAAAAAUUA